CAGAGUAUAUACCACUUCUUUGGAACUGAGUGAAAAUAUACAUAUUAUAAAAACAUAACACAAUAUUGCAUAUUAUGUAUAGGGCUAAUUAGGGUUUCAUACUUGUUACAGGUAGGACAAUUUGCUGAAAUAUGGCUAACCAAAAUUUUAAAAAUAGGGCAUCUUCUACCAGAAUAGUACCUAAUUUGCAUGCAUAGUUAUUAAAAAAAAUGGCCAGGAUUUAUGUGUCCAUAUGUAAUGUUUUUGUUUAUGCAUCUAAUUCCAGAGGAUCUCCCAUUUAUCUGGAGUGGCUUUUUCAAAAGCCUGGGGAUGAGGUUGUCAGACAAAGCCUAAUCAGCAUCCAAUAGCAAGGAAAACAAACAGCAAGCUUUGCUAGUUCAUAUAAUAAAUAAUAAAACACAGAUUUCUUGGUACUGCAAUAUUUUUAUCCAGCUUUAUUUAUUUGGUAUUUCAGGUUCACAUUCAAGACUUGUUGUGAGGAAUGAACAGCCAGGCAGACUCUUCAGGCCCAUUAUUCAACAUUUCCCUGGCAAGUUCAGAGCAAUGUGGCAAAGAGAGUCACAUGGAAAACAUCCUUUUUGCUAUUUUCUACCUUCUCGACUUCAUCCUAGCCUUUCUGGGCAAUGUUCUAGCACUCUGGCUUUUCAUCCGGGACCAAAAAUCAGAUACCCCGGCCAACGUUUUCCUGAUGCAUCUUGCUGUAGCCGAUCUGUCUUUUGUGCUCGUUUUACCAACUCGGUUGGUCUACCACUUUUCAGGCAAUCACUGGCCAUUUGGAGAGCUUCCCUGCCGACUCACAGGGUUUCUUUUCUACCUCAACAUGUAUGCCAGCAUCUACUUCCUCAUGUGCAUCAGCAUAGAUCGCUUCUUAGCUAUCGUGCAUCCGGUGAAGUCCCUCAAACUCCGCAGGUCACUCUAUGCUCAUUUGACCUGUGCUUUCCUGUGGGUUAUAGUUGCCGUGGCCAUGGCACCUCUUUUGAUCAGUGUGCAGACAGUUGAGAUGAAUAAUGCUACCAUCUGCCUCCAACUCUAUAGAGAAAAAGCAUCACGCCACGCUCUUGUAUCACUGGCUGUGGCAUUUACUUUUCCAUUUUUUACUACAGUAACCUGCUAUUUACUGAUCAUACGAAGCCUGAAGAAAGGGCACCGCAUUGAAAAUCAUCUGAAGGAAAAAGCCAUCAAAAUGAUCAUCAUGGUUCUUAUGAUCUUCCUGGUCUGCUUUUUGCCCUAUCAUAUCAAUCGCUACAUUUAUAUCCUCAAUUAUGAUGGUGUGAAAACUUCUUGUGAAAUGCAGCGGAUCCUGGCCCUUGGCAAUCGAAUUACUUCGUGCCUCACCAGCUUAAAUGGCGCCCUAGAUCCUGUCAUGUAUUUCUUUGUUGCUGAAAAGUUUCAAGAGGCCUUGUGUGGUUUGUUUUGCAGCAAAAGAGCUGCAAGGAUACCUUCAAGUUAUGACGGGAAAACAAAUGACAGCUCUUUAAGUGCUAAAUCUGAACUGUAAAUACUUAAAAACAAGUACUUCCUUAACGAAAUGUUGCUGUCCAGCACAAUUUAAUCCCCUAGGAAGCAGAACAGCUUUUCUCCAAAAGCACAAGAUCUAAUGCUUAAUUGUUAAGGAAACAAGGCAUAUUCAACAAUCCUAACUGAGGAGGGGUAGUGAAGUGGUAGACGGUUGCCACUUCCAAUGCCCUGCUGUUCCCUGCUGGCCAGGAUGGAUGGUAUUUCCCCUUUUCCCCCUUCUGCCUAGCAUUUUUAAGGGUUUUUUUGGGUUGGGUGGGCGGAAUUAACUAUAAUAGCUACAGAGACUAUUGGGAAACAUAGUUCUUUUGAUUCCCUAGAAUACUUUUUUGAGUGUUACUGUUGGGGGAAAUAUUGCUACCAACAGAUCUUCUCAUAAACAUAAUUUGGGCCUACCGGCAAUUAAGAAGCACCUACACCUUAUCAUAAUCAUUCCAGAAAUCAGAUCAGAGUGCUUGAAAUUAUGAAUUUUGUGAUAAUUUUUGCAUAGCAAGUAGUAGCAAGUAGUAAUUCCAUUAGGAUAUAGACUGAAAUUUCAGUGAACACAAGGUUAGUAACUUGUCCAGAAAAUAAAUGUUCAUAGAUGUUUAAAUAAUUGACCAUCUAAACAUUCAAACAGUGGAUAUUGAAGUUUCAGUAAUAUUCAGGAGCUGUCCAAUCCUAUUUUGUGCCACCUACAAUAUAACAAGGCAGGCAGGAAUUCAGCCCAAAAGCUGUUCAACGUUUAAAUCUACAGUACAAACUUUUGAGAGGUUUAUGAAUGUGGGGUUUAGUUUAAAACAAUAAGUAAACAAACUUUAGGAUAGGAAGGCCUGGCGCAAUAUGGUUCAUGGGGUCACGAAGAGUCGGACACGACUUAACGACUGAACAACAACAAAACAAACUUUACAAUAGUUCCACCACAGCUGCAGAGGGAUACAAAAGCUGCUGAUUCUUUUGACUAUAUCUCAGACUGAAUAAGUUAUAAACAUCAUAUUAGAACCAAGUGCACCUGCUUAUUACAACUUUGGCUGUAGAUACCAUGUUCAACAGCAGUGAUUGUACAAACCACAGUUUAUUUUAUGUACAGAUUUUUAUGUGACUGAAUGUGGUUCAUGACUUCUUAGAGAGCUUGCUACAGAUCAUUUACUUAAUUCAGGUUAACAAUUUAAGAUGUGAGUCUUGCUGGUGCACUUAGCCCUAUGUAACAUAGAUUGCAUCUACCAUGUUGUCUUAGCAGAACAAUGAUCAUCUGAGGCUGGAGCAACUGCGCUGAUGCAUCUGCCUGCUUUACUUUGCCAACAUAACGUUGCUGCAAUUCUAUCACAACAAGUUUGUACUAUCAUGUUUAUGAUCUUCCCACAUAUCAGAUCCUAGUCAACUUUAUACGGUGCAACUAAUCAGUAAUAUUGAUGUUUUCUGGUAUGUUUAGAUCAUAUGCACAUACAGCUAAAUGUAUAGCUGUAACAGGGUAGAUUCAUCCCAUUUGUCUUUUAGCAGUUCAAUUCUGUUUUCUAAACUGAAG